GACCGACGUGGCUAAGCCUAAGUGGCGAAGGAGGCCUACUAUACGUAUACUGGAUUGGAAACCCCAACAAGUAAAUCAAGUAAAUACAGCUAUUUAAGGAACAAGAUGAAUACAGAGGUGAAACGAUAUAACUCAUCUGAGCCGCAGGAACAGAUUUAUGGAUUCUCGUGGAUUGUGCUUAUUGGUAUUGUAAUGAUCUUCAAGAUAUUCACAUUUAGCCCCAAGAAUUCCACCAACUUCCAGCUCAUGCUUCGGUUCAUUCAAGGAGUUACUGCAUUGGGUCUUGUUGCUGCCAUCUGCAUUGUCAUUGCCUUGACUCGCCUUUCUAUUGCUGAUUUAUUUGCUAGUGUCCUGGCAUUCGUUGCUACAGGAUGGGCCCUUAUUUGUUUGGCCAUCACAUGGAAGAGGGUGGUGAGAAGUUUAGGGAUGUGGGAUUCUGUUAAAGAGUUUGCACGAAUGUACGAUGCGGGAAUGGGAAUGGUCAUCUUUGCCCCUAUAGCAGUUCUGUCGUGGUUUCCCUUUGUGUCUACCUUCCAGUCUCGCAUUCUCUUUAACCAAGCGUUCAGUCGCGGGUUGGAGAUCUCGCUCAUUCUUGCUGGGAACAAAGCCAAUAUUGAACCCUCUGCUUUUUAGUGAACUACUUGAGACCUCAUUCUUGCUGCCCUUCAAAGCUAUUGUUGAGUUUGAAAAGGACUGAUGGCUGUUGACCCUUGUGAUCCUAACUUAUGUAUUACUAUACAAUUCUUCUUUUGGAAACCAAGGGACUUUCUUUUUAUCUCACUUUGUAAUUUUUUUUUCUUUCCAAAAUUUGGAUUGUACAUAAGCAUUCAUUUUGAUUGGCACUUGGCAAUGGUGAUUGGUCCA